CAUAGUCGUACUCUAUUUCAUCAUUCUAUAUUCAAUAAAUAUAUUACUGUUUCAAUAAUUCACUUUGAAAUCAACGAAAAUGUUUGGUCCACUUACAGUAAUACCGAUGAACGGACAGACAGGCGGCCUGAAUGGAAGCAAGCGGCGCAACAACGAUGAUUUCUCGGUAAAGCUAUCCACCAUUCGUAUCUGGAUGCACGAAAAGGACAUUGGCAAGCUGACACGCAUUCUGUGGGCGGGCCAAGGACAUCGCUUGUGCCAGCAGGCCAGCAAUAAUGGGCGUGUCAAGCGUUUCCUUGCCGCCGCGCCACAUGUCAUGAAUGCCAUUAAGGAUCUGCAUCAGGCGGUGAUCGACAACAAAUUGGAAACGGUGCAGGCGCAACUGGAGCCUCCCGUGCCCGCUGCCUUGGUGACCUGCAAGGACGGCAAUGGACUGAAUGUCAUCCACAAGGCCGCCGGCUUGGGCCACACCAAGAUCCUGGAGUAUCUGGUCGGUCUCUGGCCGGAGGGCGCCCACGAGAUGGACAUCACCGGCAAGACGCCGCUCCAUUGGGCAGCCAGUGCCAAAAACAACAUGCGCUGCUAUCCCCUGCUCCCCCAGGCGGGUUGUGACGAGGAGGCCCUCGACUAUAAAAUGAAGUCAGCCUCGUACUACCGCCACAAGCCGCACGAAAUCGAGCGGGCUUUCCUCGUCUAUGUCCCGGAGGCACCGCGCGUCUCCCCCGAGAGCAUCACUGACUGGAAUGCGUUGAGCAAUGAGAGUGGUGAGAAUAGUGCCGGAGGCGAUGCGGGCAGCAAGAAAUUGGACAUUAAAAUGACACCGGCUGUGAAUGGACGUAAAUCGCUGGACGACAGCAUCGAGAACACUUCGGAGCUGGACACAAACGAUGGUACAAGUGCCAAUGAUGACGAAGAGGAUUUGUCCAAAGCGGAUUUGGAUGCGGAUGUAGAUCCGGCACCGGUUCCGCCGGAAGUAUCGCCGCAGCGCAGACCGGAAACGCCAGCCACAUUCAACAAUGGCCACAUUAAUGGCGAUAUCGAAGGCGACACCGAAGACAGUGAGGCGGAGAAUAUUGCAAGAGCUAUAAGCGGCGGUAAAGAAGAAGAAGAUGGCCAGGGUAAAGAGGAGGAUCAAGAAAAACAUGAGGAACCGAAGGAACAGGAGUCUGCUGCAAGCGAGGAAUUGAAUGAUAAGCUGGAAAACCACGAAGAAAAUGUCGCAGAGAGUAAUGAUGUGGAACAGAAGGAGGAGGAGCAGCCUGCCACAGAGAGUGAGCCAGAAGUUAACGAAAAGACUGAAGAGGCGGAGCCAGAGAUGGAAGCAGAACAGGAUGUGCCAGAGGCGGCAGUUGAAGAGGAAAAGAUCACCAAUUUGGAGGAGCCAGUGGAACCAGUGGCUGAGGAGAAGGAGAUACAGGAUCAGGAUAAUGUAGAGAAUGAUGAGAACGAUGACGAUGAUGAGGUACACUUUGGCGUGCUCUAGGUGUCCAACGUGCAACGUUUCUUUGUAGUUUGUAUUGUGUGUGCCGUUAAACCGCUCAAACCACUUUUUCCAAAUCUUCAAACUCAACUGUGAACUGUAAAAUGAAAGCAAACUAACUAUCUAACAACCAAUCAAUCAAUUAAAUGCAACAGUAAGAGCCACAGCCACAGCAACAGCAACAGCAACAACUGCAGCCGCAAUCUAAGAAAGAAUAACAGUAGCAAUCAGCUUAUAUAAUUAUAUAACCAGACUUUUUACUUCUUUAUGCAGAUAUACAUAGACUCUUUAUAUAUAUACCUAUAUAUUUUUUAAAAGCAACUGGAAGUAAAAAAAUUAAUAUUAAACCAUCAACGAUUACAGUAACCAAUUAAAAAUGGAAUGCAAAACCUGCAA